UACUCUACAACUAGGCCGACAUCAUUCCUCGGGGCACAAAGACUCCGGAACCCUGUACACCAGCCAGAGCAGUCAAUAGCGACAACGAAUUCAUCAAGUCCUGUGACACCCAGAUUAUCCACUUAUAUGCCUAAUAAUCCCACGACCGUUAUGCCUUCAAUACCCCUAGUUCCUGAUAGCAUAGUUAAUAGGCAAAUUAGCACGGCAUCUAGUGUCCUGGAAAAGCUUUCAGUUUCUCAGUUCUUAAAGCCUGUGACGUGGGACCAACUUCCGCAUCCAGAUCUCGACAUUGACUUGGAUCCUAGCGCAUUGGAUGACGAGCCAUUUUUUGCCGAACAAUGGACAGAUAUGGUUAUGAGGACAGCUGAGGCUGCCGCUGCGAAUAUGUGGCUGGCUUUAGGACAAGAGAAGGAAGAAGAGCGUUAUCUAGAGAGGAUGGCAGGGUACUACACAAUCCCACAAGCAAAUGGUAGAAAGGAUGGUGAAAGCGGUGGUGGGUUCGAAUGCGAGAUAGCAAUGGAGGAAGGGCAUCGCGAGAGUGUUGAGCAACUCGUUGACCAAAUCGAUGGGUUCAGCCUUCCAUCCUCGUUGCCAGUCGCGGAAGACCACAAAAAUGAGGAAGAUCAAAAUGUUGUUAAUAAUAUUGAGCAUGUUGGUAUUUCGGGUGAAGAAAGAGGGCUUGUGCUUCGACAGCAGGAUGCGCAGCCAAAUGCGCUUUUAGCACCAUGGCAGGAAGACAUUUCAUUGUGCCCACCUUCCGCUUCAGCCGUAUCUGAUCGUAAUGUCGGCCUAGGUCACCAUGGAUCAAUCUCAAUGUCAACUGCAGAUAGCAGACAGUACAGGUCUUGGCCAGCAUUUGCCUUGAGCUCAGUCAUGGCUGCGAGAGCUGCAGCCUCUGCUGCAGCUGCGGAUGCUACGUCCGCUGUCAACAGUUUAUUGUACGCUAGGCGCGUUCGGCGUGACUACGACAUGAUGUGCCGGUAG